AUGGUGGUGCCGCAGCUACCAUCAGCGAGGAGGCCGGGGACCAAGCGGAGCAAGAACCAGCGGGACGCCUCGGCCUCGCUGCCGCCGUUACCAGAGGAGAUACUCAUCGAGAUCUUCGCCCGGCUACCAGCAAAGACCGUCGGCCGCUUCCGCUGCCUGUCGCGCUCGUGGGCCGGCGCGCUUUCGUCGGCAUCCUUCGUCGACCUCCACCACCAGCAAGCCAAUCAGCAGCAGGCAGGCCUUCCGCCCAAUAUCCUUUUCACGACGGCGCAGCGCUGCCUCCAGGCGUGGCGCGACGGCCGUCCGGUACUGCAUCCGCUGACGGGCGACGCCGCGCUCUCUCUUCUCCCGCAGCUAGACCACGACCGCGCUCUGCGCGUGCUCACCGCCAAGCCCUGCCACGGCCUCGUCCUGCUCCAGCGCUGGCCCUGGCAUGGCCACUACGUGUGCAACCCGAGCACCGGCGCGCUCUCGCCUCUUCCUGACACCAAGAUGCCGUCCAGGAUGUGCCAUCGGUACAUUCUGCUACCCAACACCUUCCUAAACUGCGUCUCCUACGGCCUGGGUUACAAUCCGGCUGCCAAGGAACACAAAGUCGUAAGGCUCUUCUACCUCGACGGAGGACGCUCCGCCGCUGCGGUCGAUCACUACCUGUGA